AUGUCUGACGAUUAUGAAGGUGUUUCAUGCGAGCUUUGCAAGAUACGCAAAGUCCGAUGUGACCGUGGCAAGCCAUCAUGCGGCUGGUGCGUUCGAAACAGCCAGAUAUGCGAAUACAAGGAACGGAAGAAGCCUGGAUUGCGCGCUGAAGGUUAUGGUAGAGAGCUAGAAGCACGACUUGUAGACAAGCUAGAGACCGUUCUUCAAGCACAACAACAGCUCCUUCAACAUUUUACAUCGGUCGUUCCUGGCUUGACAUCUCAACAGGUCAACCACCAGUCACCAUCAGCUCUCUCAACUGCUCACUCGGUUGAUCAUGGAGCACGAUCUGAGGCUGCUCUUUACAUGCAGCGACCUACCUCAUAUCCAUCUGUCACAUCUCCAGCUUCCGUCGUUACCAAUAGUGGCUAUGGUGUACAUGGUAUGAAUACUGCCCAAUCGGGGCAACAAGGCGAACAGUAUCCUCAGUCUCUGCAAGACAUACAGCAGAGACAUGGUACGCCACACGCUAGGAUAGAGCCUCUGUCCGAAGCGCCUUAUGCGCCGACAAACCCACCACUAGAAUCACCCAGCCUUAACAUACCAGGCUCGGGUCAAAGUGGAAACCUGACGAGUCCGCAAAUCCAGAUGCCUAGUCAGAUGACCAGCAAUCAAGACGCAGAGUUGCCGCCAUAUGAUCUCUUGUAUUCACUGGUCGACUUAUUCUUCAAGCACGUCAACACGUGGGCGCCAAUCUUGCAUCGACGCAGCACCCUGGACUCUCUGUUUGGCACUUCCAGUCUUCAAGAAGCUGAUAGAAUUUUGUUACAUGCUAUUGUCGCAACGACUUUGAGAUUUUCAAACGAUGUGCGAUUAACGGAGCAAACUCGAGAUCGAUACUACUCGAACUCGAAGCAAAAGGUGUUACUCUACGGACUUGAAAACAGUUCUGUCAAAGCACUUCAGGCUCUGGUCAUUCUGGCCUUGGAUAUUGUCGGAUGCUCGAAUGGCCCACCGGGCUGGAACCUUCUUGCCCUGAUUGCACGUAGCGUCGUACAGCUCGGAUUGGCUGUCGAGACUACAUCGACAUCCGUAUCCCCUCUUUAUCCCUCAAUCUACACUCUUCGUGCGAUGGUACUUCCCGAAUCGAAUGAUUGGAUUGAAGACGAGAGUCGCCGACGCCUCUUCUGGAUGGUGUAUCUCCUCGAUCGUUAUGCUACUAUAGCUACAGCCUUCGAGUUUGCGCUCGAUGACAAAGAGAUCGAUCGUAAACUUCCUUGCAGAGACGAUUUGUUCGCGAGAAACCAACCUGUCGAGACUCGUUGGUUUCACACGUCCGAGAGAGAUGACUAUACUCUGAACAAACCUGAGAAUCUAGGCUCAUUCAGCUACUACAUCGAAAUUGUUGGCAUCAUGUCGAGAAUACAUCGAUUCCUGAAGAAGCCAGUCGAUAUUGGGGAUCUAUCAGAUGUUGAGCAGUGGCAACGCGAAUAUCGCGAGCUCGAUAGCGCACUCAACAGCUGGAAAUUUACGCUGCCUGGUGAAUAUGGAAAUAUGGCUCGUCUUUUCAACCCCAAUGGCAACAGCAAAAUUGUCAAUUGUGUCUGGAUCAUGCUGCACAUCACCUAUCAUACUGCCGUAAUCCGUCUACAUUCAUCAGCUGCAUACCCAACAACUAGAUCUCCUAUCUUCACGCCAUCGUUCAGCGCUAGUCAAAGAUGUCACACAGCUGUCGAGGAUAUCUGUUCCCUCUGCACUUACGUCAGGAACAACAACAUGCUUACCAACCUCGGCCCGCAUUUUGCGUUCUCCAUAUGGGUAGCUGCUCGUUUGCUGUUGGUCCAUGGUUCGACAAUUGAUCAUCAGGUAAAUCCAGCCAUUUAUCCUCUCGUUGAGACUCUGAGAGACAUGGGCCGAUACUGGAAUGUCGCUGAAAGAUAUGCUACACUUCUGCAGCGUGUGCUCGAUGAAUAUAGCGAAUCAGAGAGAGCGCCUAUUGGGGCCAAUGGUGAGAGAGUCACGCCGUCAACCGUGAGGAUUCUCGCAGACAUGAGACGUUGUGCCUAUGAUUUGGAUUUCUUGAUCUCGCGACAACCGCGGCAGCAAUACACCGGAGGCAAGCAACAUGCAAUCACUCCUGCACGGACUCCAGCUCCACAAGAUCUGGAGUAUUUAGACGUCUUCGACUUCUUCAACAUGCCUCGUCUUCCUGUACCCAACGAUACGUCUCUAGCUGCAGGUGACAGCAGUGGGGACUUUCAAACGCCCGACCUGGGUAGUAACAGCGAGUUCAACAUCACCAACUUCAUGUAUGACCCGACAGUCGACUUCUUGAAUGUUCGGAACUCCGGAACGUAA